AAUUGUUGACUCUUUUUGAUUGUUGUGUCUUCCGAUAUUCUACAUCGAAACAGUUAAUCAACUUAAUUAUAAAUUCAAUUUAAUUGCUUCUUGUUCAUUAUCUCAAUUCGGUGUUGAGAGAAUUUCAGUUUUCUCUUUUCUCUUUUCUCUUUGUAUCUUUUUACCUUUUAAAGUGUUUUUUUCUCUUCACAUUCCUUUUAGUCUUAUUGGUAAAAAAUAGUGGAAAACAUGCUUAAUGUAACUUAAAUAUUUAUCUUCUUUUAUUGCAGGUUCAGUGUUAAUGUGAAUUCUUCAAGUGAAAACUUUUCUUCUUUAAUUUUCCAUUUCCCAUUUUCCAUUCCUCUUCUUUUCUUCAAAAAUUUAAUUUUCUUAAUCCUUCUUUUUCUGUUGUUGGAAUAUCUCUUGAGUUUCUCUUUUACUACUCCUUUGGUUUUUUCUCUCUCUCGGUGUGUUCGCUGUAUCCCUUUGAACUAUUGUAUCAGUAUCUCUCUUCCUUUUGUGGUGACAUCAGCAUUAUCUAUUAUAUCCCCUCUCCACCUAAAAAAUAUGUCUGAUGUUUGGGAUAUAAUGGGUGAUUUGAGUUCUCCACCGUCAACACCUUCAACCAACAAUCAACAAACUGAUGUUCAAAGACAAUUGAUGAAGAAAAUGAAUCCUGAUGGGAUGUCAAAAGAAUAUUUCACCUUACUUACAGAUGAUAAUAAUGAUUGUCCACCUAAAGUACACAACGAUUUCAGUCCAGUUGGAAGUCUUAACGAUGGUUUAACUCAGCGACAUGAAGUAAAGCUAAAUGCCAUGCCUUGGUUCCAUGGGAAAAUCAAGCGCGAAGAAGCCGAAAGUCUCCUGCAACCACGAGAAGAUGGACUGUUCCUUGUCCGUGAAAGUACCAAUUUUCCUGGUGAUUAUACGCUAUGUGUUUGCUUUAAUAACAAAGUUGAACAUUACCGAGUGAUCUUUAAGGAUAACAAGGUGACAAUUGACGAGGAUGAAUAUUUUGACAAAUUAUCAGAAUUAGUUGAACAUUAUCACAAAGAUGCUGAUGGUUUGUGUACCCGUUUACGGAUGUCAGUUCCUAAAAGAGGUGGCCUAGAAUUUUCUGCAUUUGAAAAAGCGGGAUGGGCUAUGCCAGUAGAAGAUCUUGAUUUUGGUGAAGUUCGUGAGGUACUUGGAAGAGGUGAAUUUGGUGAUGUACGACUGGCCUAUUAUCGAGGACAAAAGGUUGCCGUUAAAAUCUUAAAAGACUGUUCCAAAGCGGCACAAAAUUUUCUCGCCGAAGCAUCACUUAUGACAUCUCUUCGUCAUCCAAAUCUGGUCCAAUUGAUGGGUGUUGUUUUCGAUGGUCCAUCAAUUUGUCUGGUUACCGAAUACAUGGCAAAAGGAUCACUUGUUGACUAUUUACGAUCUCGAGGUCGACUCCAUGUUAAUAAGAAAGAUCAAAUUAACUUCGCUACCCAUACCUGUGCCGGAAUGGCUUACCUUGAAUCAAAGCAUGUUGUCCAUCGUGAUCUGGCUGCACGUAAUGUCCUCAUCUCAGAAGAUGGAAUUGCAAAAGUGUGUGAUUUUGGUUUGGCACGAGAAGAAUCAUUCAGCCUGAGGGGAGAAAAAUUCCCCAUCAAGUGGACAGCCCCGGAAGCAUUAAGAUACAACAAAUUUUCAAAUAAAUCGGAUGUUUGGUCUUUUGGUAUUCUUCUUUGGGAAAUUUAUUCAUUCGGAAGAGUUCCAUAUCCUCGCAUUCCAUUGGAUGACGUUGUUAAACAUGUUGAGAAAGGAUAUAAAAUGGAAGCACCGGAAGGAUGUCCGUCUGAAAUUUAUGAAAUAAUGAAACAAUCAUGGGAUCUUGAUCCAGAUAAUCGGCCCACUUUUGCACUUAUACUGAAAAAACUUGAACAUCUAAAAACCUUGGCUGUAUAAAUUGAAAGACGAAUGACAAAUUUAUAUUGUUUACUGAUACCGAAUGAGAGAUUCAUGUUUGAUGAUGAUGAUGCUUACCAAAAAUUCCCGAUCACAAUUAAACCACAACCUAAAAUGCAGCAUUCUUUUCAAUAAGGUGUAGUUCAAACAAGAAAACAAAAGGGAAGGAGAAACAAAGUGUUAAAAGUCUUCUAAAGCCGAAGGAAAAACAAGAAAAGUGACCUCGAAAAAGGGAGAGAAGAGAAAACCAACAAGAAGGAUAGAGAAGAUUCGACAGCAACAGGAAAGGGAGAGAAAGAAAAAAAACAAAAGAUUCAAAAGUAUUGUUCUCAUUUGGAAAUCAUGGAAUAGAACAAAGAAGCAAAAAAAGAAAUAGAGAUAAACAAGGAAAGGAGCUGAUUUAUGAUGAAAUUUUGUUCUCUGAUGGAAAAAAAAAUAGAUGAACUAAGAAAAGAAAGGGAAAAUCAGCCAACUCACACUGUAUUAUAUCCACAAUAUCAUUUUAUUUUUCUACUCAUAACAAAUCAACAUGAUUAACAGAAAACAACGAAACUAUUAAAUUCAAUUGUUUUACAUCAUAGAAAAGAACUUUAUUAAAUUUCUUUAAAUGUACUAAUAA